UUCACCACUGAGAGAGCUCAAAAUUCGCCUGACCUUGAGCUGACUUUAUCCUCUUUUCGUGAAAGUUUUUAUUUUUUUGGACAAAAGAUCCGAAAUUGAGAAACAUGGGUCUGUCUUGGUUCAAUUUUGCAGAUGGAAACGAAAGAGUUCCCUGCAUGGCUUAAGGUUCUGCUAAAAGAGAAGUUUUUCAACGCUUGCUUGGAACACGAAGAUGCUAAGAAGAACGAGAAGAACAUCUUGUGUAUCGACUGCUGUCUUAGCAUCUGCCCUCACUGUCUCCCUUCGCACAACUCUCAUCGUCUUCUUCAGAUAAGAAGGUACGUGUACAACGACGUUUUGAAGGUAGAGGAUGGUUCGAAGCUAAUGGACUGCUCUUUAAUUCAGCCAUACAUAACGAACAGUUCAAAAGUUGUUUUCAUCAACGAACGUCCACACUCACGACAUUUUCGUGGCUCCGGCAACUUCUGUUACACCUGUGACCGGUCUCUCCAGUCUCCUUACGUCUUCUGCUCUCUCUCCUGCAAGAUUAGUGACGUCAUAAUGAGACAAAGAGGACUCGGGUUUCUCCACGUCUGCAACGUUCUUCAAUUAACGGACGAAGGAGGAACAACAUCCACCACGCCUAGCUCCACGCUCCAGCCUACGGAGUCAGACGGUGACGACGGAGGUGUAGACAUGUUCUGGUGUCAGGCGCUAGCUUGCACCGCGACAAGUGAAGUCGUACGGAAGAAAAGAAGCAGUUUGACGACGACUUGCCGGAGAGUCACGACGGUGGUUGCAACGACUAACACGGAAGCUCCGGUGAACUUUUUCAACCGGAGGAAGAACACUCCGCCGCAACGAGCACCGCUCUAUUAGGUCCGUAUGGAGUUUGGUUAUAAAAAGUGGUAAGUAGAAUGAAUACACGUAACGUAACAAAAUAGUUUGAUUUUUAGUAAUGUUUUUAAAUUAAGAAAAAAAAAAUCAAUAUCUAAAUAACGAAUCAAAUUUUAAGAAAGAAAGCAGGUCUUCUGAUUUUGUCUGGUCUGUGUACUGUGUCUAAAGUUAGAAUUCUAUGUUCAUCUUUUUUUAAAUACUACUGUAUGAAAAUAAUGAAUAAUGUCUUCGUGAGGUAAAUAAUCUUACUUCCAUGAUUGCAAUUUUCAGUUCACUAGUGUAUUCAUUUUCAGUUCACUAGUGUAUUAUUUACAGCGGUGUAGUAAAUUAUCAACUUUCGAGGAUUAUGAAUCUGAAUCAAUAAAUGCAUUGGGCCGACCAUAUCUUUUCUUUAGCUGAGUUAAAUGAUACGUUUGAAAAGAGACCAAGUAAAACAGUGAUGGAGAGAACUAUACUAUAUAGUCUAAAAACGUGGCUGCAAAAGAAUUUAUGAUCGUCUCUUCUUAUAAAUACUAGAAAAAUUUAGGUUACACUACUUAUAAAUGAAUCAUUUGAUAUUAGUUGGUUGGUAAUAAAUGUGACAACAAGAUUUUUCAGAAAAAAAUUCCACGAUAAGAGUGUUUUUGUGGUAUGUGAAUAUGAGAUUUGUCUGUAUGUAUAAUGUUUUUUGUGUUUAUGCACGAAUGAAAAUUGAAGAAAUGGUUUUAUAUGGAAAAAGAAGACAAGAAGAUUGGGACAGACAUUAUGGAUAAACGUGAAAUUGUGAAUGUUUUCUGAGGCAAAUGGUCUUUGCUCUCCUGUUUCCCUGGACCACCUUCUCCUUUCCACUUCUUACUUGCUCUUUUUAUUUUCUUG